ACAACCAGUUUCAAUUCAACCGUUGGCCAGAAUCAUCCCUCUUUUUUUUCCGAGAUGCCGUAUCCAGAUUAUUCAAAAUAUGUUACAUCGUGUAUACUAAUUGUACUUUGUUACUCUCAAUUGUCUGAAUGUAUCGAUUGCGAUCAGGAACCAAAACACGACGAGGGCCGCCUGAAGAAACAAUUGCUGUGUGGUUCUUAUGACACGGGAUCCCGGCCUGUAAAGGACCCCAAGACAACCGUUGAUGUUUCAGUCACACUUUCUUUGAUGGGUCAUGAUUAUGACGAAGAUUACGAGACUCUCAGGGCCAACGUAAUGCUUUUAAUGCAAUGGAAGGACGAGCACCUUAUCUGGAAUCCACAGGAUUUCAAAAACAUAACAAAAUUGAUUGUUAAUACCGAUGAAAUCUGGAAACCUGAUCUACAACUGUUUUCAUCCUAUUACAAACCGGACACAAAAGCAUCCUGUACGAAUCCACGCUGUCACGUACGUAACAACGGAACGGUCGACUGCAUCCCGUCGUGUGAUUUCUCGGCCCGAUGCAAUUCCGACUAUUCCAAUUGGCCGCUAGAUUCUCAAAAGUGUCGUCUCUAUUACGGAGCGUGGAUGGAAUCGGCCGCCGAAGUGGAUUUUCAUUCGGAAGCCAGCCUGCUCCUUUCAACGCAAGCCAAUGCGCAUAGCCAAUGGCGGAUGGUUUCGGCAAAAUUUUCCAAACAGUCACAGAUGGGAAAAACGACUAACGCGACUUAUCCGGUGCUCAUAUAUGAUUACAUCAUGGAACGCCAUUCGAGUUUCCAUCUGGCGGCGCUAUUGACGCCCAUUUUGCUGAUAGUAUUUCUGAAUCUGUUCCUCACAUGGCUCGAUACCGAUUCCAUCGAGCGGAAACUUCUCCUCACUGUGUCUGUAUUCAGUCACUUCCAGUAUAUGAUGCAGAUGCAUUGGGCUGUCCCAUACAAUGGCGAAACCGUACCUGGAAUUUUGAUUUUCUUCCGCAACUCCUUGAUCAUAACGACUCUGCUGGUAAUACAUUCAAUGAUCGGAACAUCACUGAAGCGAAUUGAAUGCAACCCUCCGGCAUUUGUAACUUUGAUCGCGGGCACCAUAGCCACCAACAAAUUUGGGGAGUUGAUUUUCGCUGGAGAUUAUAUGAAUGUCGAGUACAAGAAAACGGAACUUGCUCGCAGCGCCAAUGUAGACCACGAGGAAAACAGGAAAACCUGGAAGUCGUUCAGCAAAAUAGUGGACCGCACUCUGUUUCUUGUAUUCUUCUGUUCAUAUGCAACGUCUUUCUUCGUGUAUGUCCCAUUGCAAUAUGUUCGCCAGGAAGAAUUUGAAUUAACAUUGUUCGAAUUUGUACUAGACAGCGCAAUUGUAACAUAUGUGUAAACUGUGCGAUUCACGACAAAUAUUCAAUCCAAACUGACAG